UCCCAUGAUCGUCGUCGCCCCUAAAUCAGCACAACAUACUAUUCGCCAGCGGAUAUUAAACCUACUGAACCUAACCUAGCUCAACCCAACCUAACCUAACCUAACCCCAACUGAGACCCAUACAUCCUAAGCUAAUACAAUCUAGUAUAACAAUAUUUACGAUUUUAACACAUAAAACGAGAGCUUUGUCUGAACGUCUCGUGUACGAAACGACCAGUCCCUGUUUAUUUAUAGCAGAGCUGGUGGAGGAGCGAGGCGGCCGGGCGGCACCUCCACCACCUCUUUAUAACUCCUUCAACACGGCAAGAAUUAGUCCAGUUUUAUGCAAAGAUGACUGGCAAAAAUGGAGAAAAUAGCGAGACUUUUGUUGUACUUCUCCAUCGGCACCCAGAAUACACUGAAGACUGCAUGAACAUCCUCAAUGAGCAAUGGCCACGUAGUAAAACAAUCAGGCUACGAUCGCUUCAUUCAUCAUGUGAUCAAUUACCUACUUCCAUUGCACUUCUACGAAAUAUCUCAAAAGAGAAGGUGGAAGUAAUAGGACAUGCAAGAAUUAAUAUGCUACCUCAGGAACAAACAGCAGCUUGGGUCGAGUCAGUCAUAAUUCGUCAAGAUCUAAGAGGAAAAGGUUAUGGGCGUCAGUUGAUGACGAAAACUGAAGAAUAUGUCCGUGCUUGUGGUUUUAAUACCAUUUACUUGUCAACGCAUGACCAACAAGUGUUUUAUAAUAAACUAGGGUAUGAAUUUUGUGCUCCUGUGUGUAUUUAUGGUGGAACUGUUAACAGACACCUACUUCCUAAGCAGUUUCUAACAUCACUAGCACCUGUACCAAACAAUAACACAAGAGUAUCAAUGAAUACUGUUGAAAAGGUAGCCCAUCAUAGUGAAGAUACAUCAGUACAGUGCAAGUGUUUAGAGAGUACAGUUAUUCUUCCUAAUUCAAAUGAAAAUACGGCUUCAUAUCCACACCAGGCAUCACUUCCCCCUCCUCCACCACCACCACCACCUUGUUCAAAAAUUAAAAAAGAUAAUAUACAAAAAUUAGAUAUAACAGCUAUGGCAAAGAUGUAUAUGAAAAAAUAUUUGAUGUAACUUUAAUUUUAAAGUAUAGUGUCAGCCCUUGCUCUGGGAAUGUAAUAUAAUACCUCCGCCUAAGAAUUUAAUCCGUUCCCAGAGAUUUGUAACUUGAAAUAAAUUUUCCCACAAGAAAUCAUGUAAACUGAAUAAUCCAUUCCUCACCCCAAAAGUAUUAACUUAAAAAUACAUUUUAUACUGAUUACCACUCUUUUUGUAUUAUCUACAAUACAGUAUGUAUAUCUUAUUUUUAUUGAGGACGCUUGUUGUCAUAUGGAAGACAGUGAGGAGGAGAGGUGUUACUGUUUGGAGGGGGGAGCCCCUUUCCAUUAUAACAUCAGACAGUGAUGACUUCUCUGGGGUACUCUCUUUCCUACGUUUUGUCUUCAUACCACUAGGACCUGGUUGUGGUUCACUGCUUGUUCGUCUCACUAAGACCCUUUCCAUAGAGACUUGUUUUUCCCUACAUCUUAACAUUUGUCUGUAGUGAGACAUUAAAUUCAUUCACAAUGAA